AUGACCAUUAAACUCAAAACCUCACUUUCUAAGACCUUGACUCAUUUCUACCCUUUGGCUGGAAAGUUGUCUAAGAACCGAAACACCAUUGACUGCAAUGAUCAAGGGGUACAGUUCUUGGUAGUCCAAGUCGAAUCCAACCUACUUGACAUCAUCAAAAGUCCAGUGAUCAAAGAAUUGAAUCAACUUGCGAUGGUGGAAGCAUCAUCUGUUGAAGAACAGUUAGCCAUCCAAAUUAAUUUGUUUGCUUGUGGUGGAAUAGCAGUUGGUAUAUCAAUGUCUCAUCGAAUAAUGGACGCUUGUAGUCUUUCAUCUUUUGUGUGCCACUGGUUUUCAGCGGCAAAAGGAUCCGAGACUUCAUUGAUGGGCCCCGUUCUGGACUCAGCGGUUCUAUUCCCUCCCAUGGAAUCAUAUGAAUACAGCUCAACGGUUCACUCCCCUUUAAAGAAUACUGUAACAAAGAGGUUUGUGUUUAGUUCCUUAGCCAUAAACAAAUUGAAACGAGAAGUGGUUAAGAACAACUGCACUUUGGUGAACCCCACAAGGGUUGAGGUUGUGACAGCUUUGAUCUGGAAGUGUGCAACUGCCGCUUUAGGUGAUUGUAAAGCCUCAGUGGCUUUUCAUAUAGUGAACUUCAGGAAAAAGAUGGUACCUGCAUUACAAGAUCAUCAAUUUGGCAAUCUAUUUCAAUUGGCUAAAUCAACAGCUCAUCCAACUGCAGACUUGGCUAGCCUUGUAGUGACAUUGAAAAGUUCGUUUGGGAAAAUUAAUGACAACUAUAUGAAGAGCCUAACAGGCGAAAAUGGGGUUGAGAUAGCUAAAGAUAAUUUUAGAGAAAUAAAAAAUUCUAUGAUUCAGGAGGGUGUGAGGGUAUUCAAGUUCAGCAGUUGGUGUGGAUUUUCAGUUAAUGAAGGUGAUUUUGGGUGGGGAAAGCCACUUUGGAUUAGUAUUGUCAAUCUUGGUGAUGAAAAUUCUACAGUUUUAGUAGACUCAACAUGCGAUGAUGGAAUUGAAGCUUGGAUUGUGAUGAAUAAAGAUAAUAUGAAAAGGUUUGAGCAGAACGUUGAGCUCAAGGAUUUGCUGGUUUGGCCCAUUACCCAGCCUCACCCAUCUGCCCAUCUUGCCGCCUCUAGUUGACACAAGUAACACUCUGGGUCAUUCAUUGAAGGAUCCGACGACCUACCCCAGCUCGGAGACUGUUUAUUUUGGGCACUUUACAAGUGGAUUUUGUAAAUGCUAACAUCUACCAGGUCUAUGUUAAAAGUACUUUUCAUGUUUCUGAUAUUUUGUACAUAUAAUGUCUGAAUGUUUUGGGGCAUGCUUAGUGGUUAUCAGAUAAAGGGAGUUGAUAUUCGUACCACAACAAUUGAUAUAUCUACCACACAUGUGCUUUACCGACUUAUAUAGUAUGCUAUAAAAGUUGUACAAUGUAGUAAAUAAAUCAAUACUCGUGGUACUAAAUAUA